AUGCAAGGCACUUUUUUAUUUCAUGGAGAAACAAAUGGAAAUAAUGCUCUUGUUAUGACGAAGACUGCUAUUGCUUCUCAAGGUAAGAACAAUAUCACGGAAACUUCUGUCACUAUACUCGAUUGGUAUAACAGCAGCAAUCUCUUCCAUUGUUGGAAGGCUGUGUGUGCGUCUAUCGCUUCCUUCAAUUAA